CAUUCAUCAUCCCUUGCAUCAACCAUGCCCCAGCCCCCAACAUCAUUAUUAUCUGUCGCUACUCUGUGUCGAGUGGGUCCAAUCAUAGAUGAUAUAAUGAAAUGGAACCAGCGGGCAAGUUAAAGAGGGCCAACGAGAAGCGGCCUCGUUCUCCCUGGAGAAUAAGAGCCGCUCCAAACAUGGCCGCAGCCGGUAAAAUGGGAGGAAUGCGAUCGGCCAGUUCCAUGGUUCAAGACGGCUUUAAUCCUGUUGAACGGGCCCGUACUGAUGACAAUGGAUGCAGAUGCCAUACACCAUCAAGAUCAGGACACUCGAACCUAUAUCUCACUGUCGACCCUACAAGGAAGAUCAGACUAACAUGAGGCUGAUUACAACUACCCGUACUCAUGCGCUUCACAUGGAAAAUCCUGGUUUGUUUAACGUCCUGGCCAACGUCCUGGGCUCUUUACAACCAGUCUACCGGGUUCCCUCAAGAGGAAAUUGAUAAUGGCGUUGCCUUGCAAGAAAUCGCCAGCCAGGCCCUCGGGCAGAUGAAGCAAGAGUCCCAGUCAUCGAAUGGUUGUCGUUUUGAAGAAGCUCAGGUCCGCAGAGAAUGGUAUCUAUCCCUCAUCUGGAACAGGCGCGACCUAUCGCUAGCUGCACGGAAGGAAUUCACCGAUGCUGUUAUGUGCUUGCAGAGCCUUCCUGCCAAUAUCUCAGCAGAUGCGAAGGGGACAUUUCAGGGUGUGCAGUCUCGGUAUGACGAGUUUGUAGCAACCCACAUCAAUCUGACAGAGUAUAUUCAUGUGACUGCCGAUUUCCUCGCCUGGCAUCGCUUCUUUAUUCAUGCAUUUGAAGAUGCUCUAAAAGUCGAGUGCAACUAUACGGGCACCCUUCCGUACUGGGAGUGGGGAUACGAUGCAGAGAAUCCCCAGGAUUCUGUUCUCUUCAAUGGUGAUCCCUACAGCAUGGGGACGAACGGUAAAGACCUGAACCAAACGUCUCUUUAUUGGGCAUCCCGGAAUUUGAGUAUCCCUGCCGGAACUGGGGGCGGGUGCGUAUAUGGGGGCCCCUUUUCGAAUUACACUGUCGACAUGGGUCCCAUAGAUGCCCCUGGGCAGCAACCAGUGCAAGACGAUUUGGAGUACAAUCCACGCUGCUUGUCGCGAGAUGUGAACCCGACUGUCUCUAAGGCAUCGAUCACCUUCCGGAACACUACGAAGUUGGUUCUCUCGUACGAUACAAUUGAUUGGUUUCAAGGUGUCAUGCAGGCGGACCAACGGUUCAUAGAUCCCACUGCUCCUCAGUCAUUUGGGGUCCAUGGUGGAGGCCAUCUCACCGUGGGGGGCGUCUUGGCGGACAUCAAUACCAGUCCUGCUGAGCCAAUGUUCUGGCUUCACCAUGCACAGAUUGACCGUAUCUGGACGAUCUGGCAAGGAUUAGAUCCGGUCAAUAGGCGAAAUGCGAUCUGGGGCACUCACACUCGGAGCAAUGAUCCGCCUUCAUCAAACAUGACGUUGGACGAGAAGAUCGACUUUGGGUUUAUCUCCCAGCCCCUACAAUUUGCUGACCUGAUGAACCCACUUUCUGGACCGUUCUGUUACUACUACACGUAG